AUGAUGCCCUCUGGAGCAAAGCAGACCUUAAUUACUAAGGUCCAGAUCAAAAAUGCUGAAUCAGAAACGAGGAAUAAACAGGCCGUUUCUUCUGCGGAAACUGAGACCACGAUUGCCGAUGAAGCAUCAACUGUGGCUUCUGCGGCAGUCAUUAAAGAAAUCAUGGCUCAAGUCAAACGUACCGAGGCAGCAGCACAGGAUGCGGGUGUCAAAUGCUUACUUUCGAGUUGGUACUGGCCUCGUGUCUAUCCAGCGCAUGAAGGGAAUGAGCGAGAUGGAUCUGGCUAUGGUUAA